AAGGGGAACCUGUGUUCCGAGCUGAGGUUUCUAACGGACCGGUUUGUGCAGGCACUGGGUUCCGAUUCCGGCCGGCAGAAACAUGGCGCUGGCAGCGGGAUGGUCGUUAGUGAAUCCGAUACUCGGCCGCUUGGUGACUUGGGCCGGAGCGGCGGCGGCCGUGAGAGGUGGAGAUGGGGGUUGUAUUUGUCACAAGUCUACAUAUGCUGCUCUUCCCAAUGAUUACAACUGCAAAGUUGAACUUGCAAUGACAUCAGAUGGGCAGACAAUAGUCUGUUACCACCCAUCAGUGGACAUCCCGUAUGAACACACCAAGCCCAUUUCAAGACCUUCCCCUGUAGAGAACAAAGAGGAGACUCAUGACCAGGUUCUAAAGGCCAGGUUGGAUAAAGAAGUGUUGCGUGAUAAACAGGCCCCUACAAUUGAAGAACUCAGUAAAAUGUUCUUUACAACAAAGCACCGCUGGUAUCCUGUUGGGCACUUUGGUACCAUUCUGGUGAAUCUGUGCUGCAACCCCUCCAAGACCAGUAUAUUUCUCAGGUACCACAGGCGGAGGAUUAAACCUAAUCCCCCAAAAGACAGAUAAUGGACUUUCAUCUCUGGAAUUGCCUCAGCUACUGAUGCAUCCCAAUGGUUUCAAUCGUAUGUGAUACUUUCAUGUUUGAACUGUUUAAAAGCAGUCUUGCACUCUAAAGUGAAGUCCCUAACAACCAUGGAAUGCAACAAACCUGUUUAACAGUUCAUUGCCAUGCUGUGUUUACUGUGUUUACAUAAUAAAAUUUUAAAAUAAGA